UGGCAGAGCUAUCCGGCUGGCAGUCAGCACCGAGCAUCCAGGUCGAGCGUACCGCGAGCGUUGUUAUUUUAUAUUUAUUAUAAAAUAUAAACAAUAAUAAAAUAACACUCACAAUAAUAAUAACUUUCCAACUGCCCGGCGCUUUUUUAAAUCUGAAAGAAGAAACAUAAAAUUAGUAAAAUUAAAAAUAAUAAUAAUAACAUAUUAAAAAAAUACUUACCAUGUAACUGAAGUUUGAAUUUUUUGAGAAGAAAUUUUUGUUAUUAUUCUAAGAAUUAGUUUUUUUAUUUGAAUAAAAAAUUAUUGAAGUAAAGAAGAUAUAUUUCCACGCAAUUGGCAGUAUGGCAUGCCGCGGGUUGCUGACGAACUCUCGCAGUGCUGAUCCAAAGUUGUUGUUGUUACUGUGUGAUGUGUCAACGGUGUCGACGAUACCGGGUAAGAGAAACAAAAGUCCAAGUGUUUUCUGGCUCUUGAUCUGAGUGAAAUAUGAAUUCCGUUUAUUUUCGGUAAAAAAAUUAGUAGUUUUUAUUUUAUAAAAAUAAUUAUUAAAUAAAAUAAUAGACUUACGUUUUCUUCGAGCACCGUCAUGUACAAUUUUUCAUUUCUUCUCAGUGAUAAGUAUAAAUUUCUUCAGUAUUGUGCUACAGAUUGUCCUAGUCUGUACACCCUCGCUAGAAGAGAAUGAAGAAAUAGUAAUAAUUAUAUUUAUUAGAGAAUUGAUUUUUAUGUAACAAGUGUUUUUAGGAAUAGCUAUUGUAAAAUAAGGUGCAGUGUUUUUAGGUUAAGUGACGAUUUAUAUUAAUUAAUAAUUCAUUAUUAUUAAGUAAUUGUUAAAAAUUAAAUUUAACUUUCUGCUAACCCUUUCUUCACUCUACUGCUAUACUUGUAGGUAUUGUUGUAAAAUAUUUGUUUAAUAUAUAUAUUAUAAAGUGGAAAAGUGUGUGCGGUAAAAUAAAAGAAGAAGCUGGUGGAACGACGCCCGAUCGGUCCCGUCGGCGGACGGUCGGCGGUUUGUUAUUAACAGAAUAAUGCCGCACGUGAGCAGCAGCGGCGGCGGAGAUGAUCUCGGCAGUGAGGACGAGGUCAAGGUUUUCAAGGAUGAGGGCGAGGACGAGAAAAGGUCCUCCGAGAACCUUACCGAGGAGAAGAGCUCGCUUAUCGAUCUCACCGAAUCAGAGGAAAAGGGAUCACUUGCGGGAGCUGCAUAUGCAAGUAAGGCCUCCUCGAGGUCUGAUCUCAGUCCGGUCUUUGGAAAAGUGGACCCGACGCCUCACACCUCAUCGUUCAACAUGGGUUAUCUCGUGUCACCAUACCCCUACCCGAAUGGAGCCGGCGGACCUAUUCCUGUCUCAAUGGUGAGUGCUUAUCAGUUUAUCUAAAUUAUCGAUUGUAAA